AAUUACUUCGUUUCGCCCUCUGGCCACACUCAUAAUCACAAAAAUACACGCAUUUUCAUUAAUAAAAACACAAAAUAAUCAAAAUUCGUGGUUUCCAUCGCGGCCCAUUCUCAUCGCCAUCAUGCUUUACCUGGAGGACUACCUAGAGAUGAUCGAGCACCUGCCGCAGGAGCUGCGCGACCGCUUCACCGAGAUGCGCGAACUGGAUCUUGCUGUCCAGAACAACAUGGACUCUCUGGACAAGAAGGCCCACCUGUUCUUCAAGCAGUGCAAGCGCGACGAAUUGCAGCACGAGUCGAUGGACACGGAAUUUCACAGCCUGCGCGGCGAGUACUUUAAGGUGAUGGAGGACGCCGACGAGAAGGUGGCCAUUGCCACGCAGAUCCACGAGCUGGUGGAGCGCUACCUGCGCCGCCUGGACAGCGAGCUCUUCAAGUUCAAGUGCGAGCUGGAGGCGGACAACAACGGCAUCACCGAGAUCCUUGAGCGCCGCUCCCUGGAGCUGGAUGGCAACUCCACUGCCGCCACCGCCCUGUUGCUGAGCAUGAACCAGAAGGAGAACCGCUACUACGGCGCCAGUUCGGCCAAUACUAUGGGUAACAGCUCGGCGGGACACACAUCUGGUGCUGCCACCGGCUCCUCCGGCAUUGCACUGGUCAGUGGAGCGGCCGGAACAGGCGGUGCCCUCUCCAGCAUCUCCACCGCCCAGCUCGGCUCCAGUCAGCGGCACCGCAAGCUGGAGAAGCGGCGAGAAACCAUAUGUACGGUGCCUGUUCAGGAGAAGCGCGCCAAUCUCAAUCACUCGCUUCCUGUGGUCGGGUCCGGCUCGACGACUGCCGCGACGGCCUCCUCCUCGUCCGCCACAACGGCCGCAGCCGCCGCCAGCCUGGCCAGCGCCACAACUGCCCAAACUCAGGUCUCCAACCACAUUGGCAGCAUCGCCGCCACACAUCUCACCCUGCCUGUGGCAAUGGGCGUGGCCGGCGGCAGUAACAAUCUGGCUAGCAGCUCCCUUGCCACAGGAACGGGCUCACUGGUCCGCCAGCUGCCCACGAACCUCACCCACAGCGUGCUGAGCAGCUCGGGAGGAGCAACCACGGCAACGGCAGCAGCGGCCGGAACCUCCACGCCCGUGGUUGCUGCUGGUACGACCCACGGGCAUGCCCAUGCCAGUGGUCACUCGACCGGCGGGGCCACAGUCACCUACAACCUGCAGCAACUUGGCGGAGGAGCCGCCGCAUCUUGUGCCAUUGCAGCGGCAGCCAGCCAGGCGAUCGUGGCCACACAGCAGAUGCAGCAGGGACGCCGAACGGCCAGCCUCAAGGCCAGUUACGAGGCCAUACACGGCACGGCGGGCACCACCGCGGAGUUCUGGAACCAAGCCGGUCAAGGUGGACUGCAGCAGUCGACGCCCGGAUCGGUGACAGUGGCUGCUGGCACAGCGCUGGCCACCGGCGGAGCCGGCGGUAGUAGCAGCGGCUCGCAUCACUCGCACCACUCACAGUCGCACCACGGCAGCCAUGGGCACGGACAUGGUCAUGGCCAUGGGCAUGGGCACCACAGCAGCAGUAGUCACAGCGGCGGGCACAGCAGCCACCACCAGGAGAAGAAGCAAAAGAAGAAGCUAACCACUGCCCUAACGUUGCCCACAGUGCAGCCGACGGCCGGCUCCUCGUCCGGCAACUCGAUUGGCUCGGCAUCGUCGUCGUCGAUUAGCCUUGACUCGGUGAACAAGAUCACAACGUCGCCGGCAUCGGCCACGGCGACCUACAUGUCUGUGGGCGGGCAGGCACUGCUGGCCAUGACCACCGGAGGUGGUGGCAACCUGACGGAGAGUUCCGCUGACAGCGUGCCCGCCGGAAUGAUUGCCAUGAACCUGCCCACCGCCACGGUAACGCCCGGCUCCAGCUUGACCAUCGGCGAAAACGGACUCGUGGUGGAGCAGACGAACGAGGGCGAGUGGUCGUACGAUCCCAACGAGCCGCGCUACUGCACCUGCAACCAGGUGUCCUACGGCGACAUGGUGGCCUGCGACAACGACGCCUGUCCGUACGAGUGGUUCCACUACCCCUGCGUGGGCAUCAUGCAUCCGCCCAAGGGCAAGUGGUACUGCCCCAAGUGCACCGCCUCCAUGCGGCGCCGGGGCAACCGAAAGAACUGAGGCUGACUGCGCCUGCUGGCGCCCCUCUUCCGAGGCGGGGGCGGCGGCGUGGGCACCUGGUCGCGUCGCUAGCGGCUGUUGUAGAGACAAAUAAGCAAAUUCAAAGUAUUCAAUAAAAUUAGAUCAGCAAGGGAA